AUGACUAGGAACCCCGGGAUCUUACAGAGCCAACAUGACCCGGAACCCCGGGAUCUUACAGAACCUAUACGACAAGGAACCCCAGGAUCUUACAGAACCAACACGACCAGGAACCCCGGGAUCUUACAGAACCAACAUGACCCGGAACCCCGGGAUCUUACAGAACCUAUACGACCAGGAAUCCCAGGAUCUUACAGAACCAACACGACCAGGAACACAGGGAUCUUACAGAACCUAUUUGACCAGGAACCUUUGGAUCUUACAGAACCUAUACGAACAGGAACCCCGGGAUCUUACAGAACCAACAUGACCCGGAACCUCGGGAUCUUACAGAACCUAUACAACCAGGAACCCCGGGAUCUUACAGAACCUAUACAAUCAGGAACCCCGGGAUCUUACAGAACCUAUACGAACAGGAACCCCAGGAUCUUACAGAACCAACAUGACCCGGAACCCCGGGAUCUUACAGAACCUAUACAACCAGGAACCCCGGGAUCUUACAGAACCUAUACAACCAGGAACCCCAGGAUCUUACAGAACCUAUACGAUAAGGAACCCCGGGAUCUUACAGAACCUAUACGACCAGGAACCCCGGGAUCUUACAGAACCUAUACGACCAGGAACCCAAGGAUCUUACAGAACCAACACGACCCGGAACCCCGGGAUCUUACAGAACCUAUACGAUAA